AUGGCGUUGGGGUACCAGCUAGGGGUGAAACUCAAGCUUGAGGAAAGCAUAGGAAAGCUCCAUGAGCUUGCAGAUGAGAUUGAGGUGCACAGAAAGUGUACCAUCUCCAACAUAGUAGCCAGCUCUGCUGGCAUUACGUCUGGCCUCAAGAACUUUGUUGGUCUGGUUCUGGCACCUUUCACAGCAGGGGCCAGUCUGACACUCUCAGCAGCUGGAGCGGGACAGGGAGCAGAAUCCAAUCUGUUGGACUGGCUCAGUUCAACGUGCCAGGUAGGGAGGAAUGUUUUUAGAGGCACUGCUCUGUCAGUGGACAGAGGAGCCCGUAUCCUGGGUGCGGCCACCGCAGGUCUUGCCCUUGCAAUGGAUGUGUUUAACCUUGUGAAAGACUCAAGGCACUUGAAGGAAGGGGCAAAGACAGAGUCAGCUGAAGAGCUGAGGCAGCAGGCCCAGGAGCUGGAGAGCAAGUUGGAGGAGCUCACCAAGAUCCAAGAAUGUCUGACGGAGGUCCAGAGUCCAUGACCCCCAAACAGGGCAGGGAGCAGGGACAUGUAUGGGACAAAGACAUUGAGAUACCUUACUAGAGGGGAAAAGAGGGCAAAAUAAAAUUUUUGGGAUGGGGUGUUGAGGAGUUGGGCAUUUCUGUAGCUGAGCCCAGGGAGGGAGGGGUUAAUGCAGA